CCUCUCCAUAUACCCUCAACUCCCAGACAUUUCCUUUCAUCUCUCUCUCUCUCUCUCUCUCUCUCAGAAGAUAGGAGGUUGAUGGGCCUUCCCCAAACAACAAACACCCACCCCUACCCACCUUCACUCCAACUCAAACUCUACCAAGCCUUCAUAUUCUCAGUUCCCAUUCUCUUCACUAUAAUUCUAUUCCUUUUGUUCUAUCUCUUCUACCUCAAGAGAAGAGCUUCCAAUAUCUCAUCCCCUCCUCAGUUGUCCCCAACUAGUUUGAAUCCACCGGCUGCCCUCCUUCCUUUGCCUUUUGAGGUGGGGUUGAAGAAAGAGCUCCAAGAGAAGCUUCCUGUAAUUGUGUUUGAUGAGGAUUUAAAGGCAAGAGAUUCCCAAUGUUGUGUUUGCCUUGGAGAUUUUGAGAUUAAGGAGCAAUUGCACCAGACCCCUUCAUGCAAGCACAUAUUCCAUGUGGAUUGCAUUCAUCACUGGCUCGCGGCCCACACGACAUGCCCGCUCUGUCGAGCAGCGAUUCUUCCUGAUAAAACAGAAUUGCCAGUCUGAUCGGACAUGUUCGACUGCGUGUGUGCAGAAAAUCCGAUCGCCAUCAAUACAGCUCGUGCAAUCAUGGCUAGCGCACAAUCGCUCCAGUGUUUCGGAGUCAGGAGCGAUCGGACCCAAUGAUAAGAUUGACCGGCGAUGCUCAACGGUCGACCGGUUCAUCUGCACGGGGGGAAUUUCAUUUGCUGUCCAAUUCAAAAAAUGUGGGAUCUAAUAAUCUCAUUAUUAUGUUUUGGUUCACAUGAUAAUGUACCAUUCAUCCAUUCCUCAAGGCAUACUUAGAUUGUUAGUUGAAAUGAUCAUGUGACAAAUUGUUAGUUGAAACUCGUGCCGACUCUUUUGACAA